GUGACCAGAAACAACGAAUGAGAAACUGACUUCGCGUUUACAUGCUUCACGUCCGCUGCAGCACGAGGGUCGGUCAGGUAGCGCAGGUCGUCAUUAUGACUUCUCCUUAUUUCACGCAGAGCAGCAGGUCUGUUGUCACGCGCAGUGGUGUUCAAAAUGCUGCGAGCUCUCUGCGGUCCAAACUUACCAACAGGCGGAGUAAUGUGGAGCCAGUUUCCUCUGUGGCCAUGAAGGUGGAGGAGGAGGAGGCGAGAAUCGGUGACUGCCAUCCAAAAACAGAAACGAUACCAUUGUCUUCACACAGCCGCAGGAAGAGACAGAUAAAAGUGGAGUACGACCCGGACGACGGUGUCUCAAAGGUGAAGACGGAACACGGGGAACCUCCCGACUGGAAGAAUCACCUGAGAUGCAUUCGUGAGAUGAGGAGCGGCCGUGAUGCACCUGUAGACAACAUGGGAGCAGAGAAAUGCUAUGAUUCAGAGGCUCCUGCACGUGUGAGACGUUUCCAGGUGUUGAUUUCCCUCAUGCUGUCUAGUCAGACCAAGGACCAGGUGACAGCAGCAGCCAUGCAGAAGCUCCGAGCUCACGGCUGCACCGUCGAUAACAUAAUCGCUACUGAUGACGAAGCCCUGGGCAGACUCAUCUACCCCGUCGGCUUCUGGAGGACUAAGGUGAAGUAUCUGAAGCUGACGUCGGCCAUGCUGCAGAAAGAGUUCUCAGGGGACAUCCCAGACAGCGUGGAGGGGCUGGUCCGCCUGCCAGGAGUCGGACCGAAGAUGGCUCACUUGGCUAUGGACAUCGCGUGGGACAAGGUGUCGGGCAUCGGCGUGGACACGCAUGUGCAUCGUAUCUCCAAUCGCCUGGGUUGGCUCAAGAAACCGACCAAGAACCCGGAGGAAACGCGCAAGGCUCUGGAGGAGUGGUUGCCAAGGGAGCUUUGGAGUGAGAUCAACUGGCUGCUGGUGGGUUUUGGUCAGCAGGUUUGUCUCCCCGUCCGGCCUCUCUGCUCCGUGUGUCUGAACCAGCACAGCUGUCCCUCCGCCCACAAGGUCUUUCCUCCAAAGAAGCCUAAAGCCCGAUCCCCGCCGUCUCCGAAUCCAACCUCUUCCCUUUCAAUUAAAACUGAGCCUGAACACGAGAGGACAAAGACGGAGCCGCUGCCCACACCGGUUUCCUCCACCGCACGGAGAAGGAGGCUUAAACACAAGGUUAAUCAUUAAUGUCGUUUUUGUUUGACCCAAGACCAAAUGUUUACAUAUGUAUAAACAAUAAAAGUCCAAUGUAUUUGCACACGCACUGAAAACAUGCUAUCGAAGCAAAACAUCAAUGUGAGUUAAGGAUCAGAGAAUACAUAUAAUUUAGUGUAGUGUUGUUAUUUUUUUACAAUUUCACUGUUUACACUUUAUGAGAUGACAUGUUUUUGUACUGUUGGUGCUUAAUAUUUUAUUCCCAAAUAAAAUAUUAUAAAUAUAUGAUGA